AUGGCAGAUCCUGGAAGAAUUCGGCUUCUUAACCAUCGUCGUAAAGAAAAACUAAAAAAACUUCUAAUUGCUGAGCUUGGAAUUGAAGUAAAUUAAAUGCAGCGAAUAGCACAAAUUGAGCAAGAAAUUUCCAACGCUGACUCUUUAUUUGACCAGGGCUAUGAUUUUAAUCAAGUUUUUGAAAUUUUUAAAUCCAAUGUUUCGAGAAACCAAACUCCGACCUACAAAGAAUUCCCUACAAGGCCAAAUGCUGGCUAUGAUGAAUGGGCUGGAGUUAUUAAGCAUCAAGACGAAGUCCAAAAACUCGCUGAUUUGCAGCAUCAAAUUGAAGAAACAGAAAAGAAAAAACGCUACAAAGAAGAACUAGACCAAAUCAUGCAUGCAAAGCAGCAGCUGAGGAGAAGCAUAGAAGUCAGAGAGUCCCAAGAAAUUAUAAGAUUGCAACAAAUUAGAGAAAAACAAGCAGAAUUUAAUAAAUCAAGAGAAAAUUAUAUUCUGCAGAACCGGGCUGUAGUGGCUAGACAAAUACAAGAUGAGACAAUAAGCCAGCGGCAGCAGGUUUUGGAGCAGCAAAAAUCAAUGAAGCAGAGGGAGCAAGAAGAAUACCAAAGACAAAUUGAUGAAGAAAGGAAAAAGCUAACUCCUCCCCUGAUAAGUGCAAUGGGUGUUAAUGUUUUUGCUAUUCAAUUUAUAUUAUUUUUUGUUCUUCUGAAUAUUAAAAAAUCCAAAAUUUAUGAAAUAAAAUUAAUUUAUAAGAAUAGAGGCUUCUAAAAUAUAUAAUAUCUCAUAUUAUUAUCGUCAAUUAUUACACCAAAAUAUAUUGGACAAAAAAUAAUUAUUUAAAAAAUUUUUGUUUGCAAAAGAAGUACUUUAAUUUUCCUAAAAAGGCAGGUUUUUUACAGUGGUUUUGCUAUCGACCAGGGAGAAUAAGCAAGUCAGUUGACGCAGAAAAACGAUACAUAAAAAGCCGGCAGCUUGAAAUCAAUAAUUUCAACUUAAAACAGCUGGAAAUAAAGAAGGAGGAAAAAGAACGAGAAAGAGAGCUCGAUAGACAAUACACAAAAAAUGCAUAUGAUUUUAAAGAUGCAUAUGAAGAAAAACGACAGAGAUUUUUAGACGAAUUUAACAAUUUCUAUAACAAAUUCGACGAGCUUCAGAAGUCGAAUAAUUUUAAUAACAUAACCUCGAUCGAAGCAAGGGCAAAAGAAGAUGAACUAAAAGCAUUGGAAAUUCAAAGGAAUAGGGAAGAGCAACUUAAGCAGAAAGAAUUUGAAAAAAUAAAAUUAAAUGAAGCGUUUUUAAGGUCUUCCAGAUUUAAUGCCUCUGCACGCAAUUGUUUGCCAGGAGUAGUUCAUUUGCCUGAGCCCUAUCAUCAGCAGUCUUCUCUUGAAACCUGGCUCACGCCGCAUCCUGAGUUUUAACAGACUAGGAAGAUUCCUUUGUGCUGAACAUUGCAGGUACUAUAGAAGCAAGCUUAGCCUGAUACCGCCUCCUGUCGGCCACCUGAGAAAGAACCCGUGGCCCAAAAACCAUCCAGAUAACUAAUUCUUGGCCACCAGCUGACUGCCCACCCCAUACGGCCGCUAUACAGUAAGCUUAAGGUUAGAAUCAAAGGUCUGAGCCUUUGCUUAGGCCAUAAAGUCAUUUUAGCGCUCAAAAUGGUGGCCAGCAAGAACAUAUUUUGUCGCCACUAUCAUAUUAAUUAUAUUUGAAAAAAGGAUGUCACAAAUUAAUUCUGAGAAGUUCACUAGAGAGAUCCUCAAUAAGCAAAUCCAAGAAAGACAAAAUGCUCUCAAAAAACAGGCUGAGGAAGAUAGAAAAUAUGCUCAGGAUAUCCUAGAAAAACAAAAAUCUCUAGCUCACUUGGAUAGUAAACUCUUUGAAAGAGGUUUUUUUAUUAUAGAUAAAAUUUUUUUUUCGGAUUUUUGAAAUCCUCAUUUAAUAUAUUCGAAUUAAUUUUUUUUUUAAUUUACUGGUAUAAUUAAAAAUGGCAGGCUUUAAAGGGUAAUGUUCCUUAUAAAGAAUAACAAAAAUAAGUACGGACGCUUAUAUUCUUUACUAGUAAUAGUUCUAAUUAAAGGGGUUAAUUUCCGAAAAAUAGAGAUUUUUAUUAAUUUUUCUGAAUACCAAGGAAAAUAAGUGAAAAUGUCAUCCAAGAAAGAAUUCAGAUGAGAGAAAAGCAAAAAGAGUACCUCAAAUCUUUAAAAGCUCAGAUAAAGAAUAAAGAAAUAGAAAAAAGAAACAGAUAUGCUAUGAAUGAAGAAGAAAGAAAAAUAAACCGAGAAGAUAUUGAAGCUUUUCAAAAAGGCGCACUUCAGCUGCAUUCAAAAGUGCCAGGCUACAUAUCAAGUCCUUAUAGUAUGAUUCCAGCACAAUCAAGUCCUUACCAUUCAAGAGGAAACCUAGAAUUAAAGCUCUACAACCCAUCCUUAAACCAGUCUUUUUCUUCCUCAAGAAGUAUGACUCCAAUUCGGUCCACAUCUCUUGCGCGCUACGGUAAUAAUGUUCUUAAAUUUUAA